AACUAAGCCAAUAACAUCAUCAUUCAUACGCUUUCUUCUUCUCUUGAAUAAUUUCAACUUGAAAAAUGGCCUCUAAUAUUUCAGCAGCAUUGCUUCUUAUUUCAAUACUAUUGAGUAUCCAAUUACUAGUCUCAGCUGGUAAUUUCUACAGAGAUGCAGAGAUUACUUGGGGCGAAGGACGCGGUAAAAUACAAGAAGGCGGUAGGGGCCUUGCCCUCACUCUUGAUAAACUUUCUGGCUCUGGUUUUCAAUCCAAGAAUGAAUAUCUUUUUGGAAGGUUCGAUAUGCAACUUAAGCUUGUCCCUGGAAACUCUGCUGGCACUGUCACGACUUUCUUUUUAUCUUCACAAGGAGAAGGACAUGACGAGAUCGAUUUCGAGUUCUUGGGAAAUGUCUCUGGCCAGCCUUACACAGUGCAUACCAAUGUAUAUACACAAGGAAAAGGAAACAAAGAACAACAAUUCCACCUUUGGUUCGAUCCAACUUCCGCAUUUCACACUUACUCCAUUGUCUGGAAUCCUCACCGCAUAGUGUUCCUAGUGGAUAACAGUCCCAUCAGAGUAUACAACAACCAUGAAAACAUUGGAAUUCCAUUCCCAAAGAGCCAAGCAAUGAGGGUAUACUGCAGUUUGUGGAAUGCAGAUGAGUGGGCAACACAAGGAGGCAGAGUGAAGACUGAUUGGACACUUUCUCCUUUCACUGCUUAUUAUAGAAAUAUCAAUAUUGAUGGAUGCGCAAUGUCAUCAGGCACCUCUUCUUGUAAGUCCACAAAUAAUGUUAAGCCAUGGCAAACACAUGAACUUGAUGGUAAGGGAAGGAAUAGGCUAAGAUGGGUGCAGAGCAGACACAUGGUUUACAAUUACUGUGCUGAUUCAAAGAGAUUUCCUCAAGGAUUUUCUGCUGAGUGCAAGAGUUCAAGAUUUUAAGAGAUGAGAUUAUGAAAUUCUUUAUUCUUUUGUACCAAUAAAAGUUCUGUUGGUUACUUAUUUUUGUUGAUGUGUAAUUGGUAUUCCAGUUUAACUAUCUCAGUUGUCUAAUUACAUAAUUACUACUUAUAAUUUAAUAUCAUGAAGCAUUUCUGAGUUCUGACUA